AUGCUGGGUGAGAUCGUCAUAAGUGACGAGGGGGUCGCGCUCGCUCACCCAUCCAGUCAAGAGGGAGUCCGGGCUCACACGAUCGCCUUCCUCGCUUGUUGCCACUUCGAAUGUGCUGCGGUCAUCUCUCCUGACGUGACAGCCCUCGUGCAUUCGCCGCCAUCGUCAAGAUCCCUGGAUGAUUCCGCUGGCAGCUGUACGAACUGUCCUAUCUCCCUUCCGGAUGACUCUCUUGAUCUGACCGCCACCACAUGUGCCCGGAGCCCUGGCAUAGCUGGCACACUGAACCGUACACUCACAAUCAAGCCCAGUCCCAUGACGUCAACGAUCAUGCCUAUAAAUUCCCAGCCGGAUCCUUCCUUCUUCAGUGGGCAAGGUGGCAGCAGUACGAGCAUCAUGCUUACCCGCUGCCUAUUUCUUACGCAGCUCGCUGUUUGUAUUAGUAGAUUGUUACAGAGUGGUGACAUUGAAAGCAAUCCUGGUCCUCGCUCCCAAAAAAAUCCGAGCCUUUCGCAAGGUUUUGACGAUCAACCAUCGGUGUCUGAAAUGCUCGCUGAGCUUUUGAACGGGCAGAAAAAAUUAGCUGAGGAUAUCGCCGAAAUUAAAAACUUUCAACAAUCUGUUAAUACACGUUUUGAGACUAUCGAAUCGCGUCUGGCCGCUCUGGAGUCCUCGUCACAUAAGACUGCCGUCCCAAGCGACAGCCUUAACAGCGAACUCGCACGUCUAACAAACGAAAUUCACAACCUUUCAACUAAAAAUGAUGAAUUAGAAAACCGUGCUCGAAGGAACAAUUUAAUCUUACAUGGUCUGCCAGAAUCCUCCGAUGAAGAUAAUCAACGCCUGUCCUCAGACAUUGCGAAAUGGUUUGAGGAUAAACUUAAAAUGAGCUGUCCUCAAAUAGAAAGAUGCCAUCGUCUUGGAAGACCUUCACGUGACCGUCCGCGACCCGUGAUUAUGAAACUUCUGGACUAUCGGGAGAAAGUUUCGGUAUUAGAAAGUGGUCACAAGCUAAAGGAAACCGAUUACCGUAUUUCGGAAGAUUUUUCACUGCGUGUCCGGAAUAUCCGCAAGAAACUUUGGGAAGCGUCUGAGAGCUUUAGGAACAACGGGUGCACGGUCCGCAUACGGUUUGACCAUAUAUUUAUUGAUAAAGUUCGCUAUAACUGGAACAGCGCUUCUAAUACAUUAGAGAAAGUACAUCGUAAUACAGCACUAAAUAGCGCUGCACCUGCCUCUCCGCCUUGACUCCUUCGUCGCAAAACCAAUGACCUCCGUGUAUUAAAUAUUAACGCAA